GCUGUUUCACUUUGUAAUCAUUUUGCAAAAACUCAAAGGUCACGAGGAAGUUAAUCGUAACAUUUGAACAGCCCUGUGCUGUAGGAAAAAUGAUAAUAAUAAUGGAAAUAAUGUGAAACCAGCUGAAACUCCCUACACUUCUGAUACAAUAUGGGGAUCUUUCAGAGGUUUGCAAGAAUUCCUCUGAAGUCCACAUAUAUCUGGUCUCUGUGUCGACAGUACAGCACUGAUCUCACUGCUGUAGACAGAGCUCUGAUUCAGCAUCGCUGUGUGCACAACAGAGGGCUGGGAGCCAGUCCAGGCAACCCCGGUGCUGCCCCACCACGUUUACCCUUCUCCAGGGUCACACAGGAAGACCUUGCCUUCUUUAGAACACUGCUGCCUGGAAGAACCAUCACUGAUCCAGACCUGCUGAAGUCCAGCAAUGUAGACUGGCUUAAGACAGUGGAAGGUAAUAGUGAAGUACUUCUGAGACCUAAAACAACAGAAGAGGUCUCUCAGAUUCUUAGGUACUGUAAUGAGCGGAAUCUGGCAGUGUGUCCGCAGGGAGGAAACACAGGUCUGGUGGGAGGAAGUGUCCCUGUUUUUGAUGAGAUCAUCCUUUCCACUUCUUUAAUGAAGCAAGUCAUCACAUUCGACAACAUCUCAGGUAUCCUCACUUGUCAGGCAGGCUGUGUGUUGGAGAACCUGUCUAACUAUCUAGAGGAAAGAGACUUCAUCAUGCCGCUGGAUCUAGGGGCGAAGGGAAGCUGCCAUAUCGGAGGGAAUGUGUCCACAAAUGCAGGUGGUCUCAGACUGCUGCGCUACGGGUCGCUUCGAGGGACAGUUCUGGGCCUGGAAGUGGUUUUGGCAGAUGGGCGGAUUUUGAACUGCUUGGCCACACUUCGCAAGGACAACACUGGUUAUGACCUCAAGCAGCUUUUCAUUGGCUCAGAAGGGACAUUAGGAGUCAUUACUGCAGUUUCCAUCCUGUGCCCCCGCAAGCCUAAAGCUGUCAAUGUAGCUUUUUUAGGGUGCUCCAGCUUCCAGCAACUGCUGGAAACAUUUCAGUGUUGUAGAGGGAUGCUGGGAGAAAUCCUGUCUGCUUUUGAGUUUUUAGAUGCCUCCUGUAUGAGCUUGCUGGAGAAGCAUCUGAAACUCACCAACCCCAUCACAGAAAGUCCCUUUUACAUUGUCAUUGAGACCGCUGGAUCCAACGCAACCCACGAUGAAGAAAAACUACACAAAUUCCUUGAGGAAGUCAUGACAUCAUCUCUAGUAACUGAUGGGACAGUUGCAACAGAGGCGACAAAAAUCAAGGCAUUGUGGUCUUUGAGGGAGAGAGUCACAGAAGCUUUGACACAUGAAGGCUACACCUACAAAUAUGACAUUUCCCUCCCAGUGGAAAAGAUCUAUGAUCUAGUCCAAGACAUGAGGGGGCACCUUGGAGACAUGGCCAAGAAUGUUGUGGGAUAUGGACAUGUUGGUGAUGGAAAUCUUCAUCUGAACAUCACUUCUCCCUCUAAAGACCCCGCUCUACUGGCUGCCAUUGAGCCGUAUGUGUACGAGUGGACAUCUAAAUGGAAAGGCAGCAUCAGCGCAGAGCAUGGGCUCGGGCUGAAGAAGAGAAACUACAUUUACUACAGUAAACCCUCAGAGGCUGUCGCCCUCAUGGGCAGCAUUAAAGCCAUGCUGGAUCCUAAGGGCAUUCUCAAUCCUUACAAAACACUGCCAGACAAUAUACACUAAUAGUUUCUUGGUGUUCAUGAUUUAUAUGAAAAGUAAGGCUGUUUAUAUAUUUGCCACAGUGUUAUUGUAAUACUGUCAUUGUAUUGAAUUGGACUGUAGUAGAUCAAACUCUUAAGUAUUUAAUUUGUUCAGUCUUGUUUUUUAGAAGUCAUGCUUUAAAGUUUAAACUAAGCUAUACUAUGUAUAUUUAACCCUCUAGAUGUUAAAGCAUAAAACUGCAAUUAACUUGCGGAGUAGAGUUGUGCUUAGGCUCCGCUACCCUGUGCGGAUUAAUCUGAUGGCCCGUGGUAACAGAUAAUAAGUGCAAAUGUCGCUAACAAUAUGCGUGUUUUAUAUGUAAUCUCAACUACAUCCUAUGCAUAUCUAUAGCUAACAACAUCAAACUCUCCCAAUAAUGAAAUUCAGGAAAUAUGCAAAAUGAGGAUGUAAUAGCUUAUGCCACUGUUGUUUUGACUUGUUGAAAUCAGUUUUAAAAUAAUGUUACAAAAGUUACUUAAAAGUUACAUUGGAACAAACCCUUCAUCUAAAUUAAAUUACCCAUAUUAAACAGACACUUAAUAUUUAAUGGUAUUCCUUUAUUUAUGGAUAUGACAAACACACAUGGACAAAUGAUCAAAAUAUGCAUUAUUAUUAUUAUAGGCUUACCACCAUAGUGAUUUAGGUUAAGGCAAAUGUAUAAAAUGUGAAUUUUGAAUAAAACCACACGGAAUUGCAGCA